CGCACACAUACAGCACCCUUAUGUUUAAAGAUUGCGAAAGAGCCUCCACCACUGCAGGAAAUUCCUCCAAAUAUUCACCCUCUAACCCGAGACCUGAUAGUGGCUGGAUUACAGAAAGAUCCAAAUAACAGAGCAACAGCUUCAGAGCUCAAGCACAGAGUGGAUCAGGCACUAAAAACAAUUGGAGGCCUGAGCUCUCCAUGUGAUUCAGCAUACAGAGAACCCAGGAAAUUUCCUUCGGCCCAAAAAGAACCUGAGACCACCCAGUCCAAACCCAAGCUGUUUCCUGAAGAACCUAGACCUGUGCUUAACCAGCAUAUCAAAAACAUAACCCAAGACUCUCCUUUACCAACAAAUGUCAGAAGCGUGGAACAAACCAGAACUUCAUGUGAAAUGGAGAUCGAGCGUUUAGAAAUAGACCUGUACCGGGAAAACCUCUCCGAACUAUUCUCUCGGGAUACCCAGUUUCUCCGUGAGAACAGCCUGGAUCCACUGCUCAGUGGCAAGGAAUCCAUGAAUACUUUGGACACUAGAAGUUCUGGAAUCCAUUCAUGGGACAGCCAAAUGGAAGCAUGGAGCCUACAAAGCGACUCCCUGUUCAGCGGGGGAAGCACAACCACCCCUAGUUGGUUCAAUGGGGUAAAAGUACAAUUGCAAACUUUCAGUGGUGAAACACUACACAUCUGGGAGUCUGGCAGUACCAAGCUGGGAGACCUGGCAGUGGGCAUCAGCAGUCAGAUCCCAAUCAAACCAUUCACUAUAGUAAAUUCAGAAGGAAAUCCGAUCCCAUGGAAGACAGAUAUUGCAGACUGUGGGAUUGAGCUGAAAUGUUCCUUAGCUCAAGACCGCGGAGGAGCCUGGAUCUGGAGAGUCCGGAAGGGGAAAAUAGAAGAGGGCCACCCAGAGGUGGCAGAUACUGGUGGAGGAAGAGAAGGUUCAAUCAUCCUUAUACCAGAGUGA